UGCACACCCCGCCAUCUACUGUUUAACACGUCAACCCAAAACAACUGUGAAACAAAUACAGCACAAAUUAAAUUAAUUAGUUUAAAUUAUAUUUAUUUAACUGCACCAUCUUUGCGUGAUGAGCGAGGAAAACGCCGAGCAGGCUGGUGUACCCGGCGAACUCAGACAGCGCAAACCAAUUGAAAUUAACAGGGAAUUGUCAACUAAAGAAGCAUAUUUCGCGAGCCUCGAAGAAUGGGCCAAGCAAGCAGCGCUCAUCCAAAUGUUCCCCAACUAUCUGCUGGCCAAUUAUAACUAUCCGCCUUUGCUGCCAGCAGCACAAGUGCCCUUUGUGGCUGCGCCCGGCAUUGAGCAAAUACAGACGCAACGUCCAUUGCCACAAGCAGCUGGAAAUGUCGCUGGAGGAAUUAGAAAUGGAAAUGUGCCAGUUGGGCGGCCAAACUUCAGUCGCUUUCGAGUGCUAGACGAGGCGCAGCAACAGGAUAUUAUACAACGCAUUGGUGGCAUUGAAGCAGUUGUGGCACCAUUCUGGAAACGAGCUGUCGCCGAGGCAAUCGAUGUAUUUAUCUUGUUUAUAUUGAAAAUUAUUGUAACGUUCUCGUUAUUUCACGUAUUCGAUCUGGACUUUGACAAAGAUGUGAUGCGCAAAGCCUUAGAUGAAGAAGACAUCUUUGUGAGUUUCUUUGACAUCUCCAUGGACUUCAUAACGCUCUCCUCCGAUCUGUUGCUCAUCGAAUUGCUGACCAAACUGAUAGUUUGUUGCUACGAAUGCCUCUGGACGGUGUUUUACAAUGGCGCCACACCGGGCAAAUCGCUAAUGAAAAUACGGAUACUUUACGUUGAGGCUGUCGUCCCAUUGCAGGCACCCGUCAUGCCCCACUUCGUGUUUCAGCCACAGCGCGAACCCCUACGAGCAUUGCUCUAUCCAGCCGAAACUCCUGGUUUUGUGAGGGCAUUGAUGCGAGCGUUUGCCAAGAAUCUGGUCAUGACACUGCUGUUUCCCAUUUGUGUGGUUAUGAUCUUCUUCAAGAAUAAUCGCAUGGCAUACGACAUUAUUACCAAAACAAUAGUGGUGGAGACUUCAAAUACGCAUCCCGCGGCAGCUAAUGUGAAUGCUCCACAGCAGCAGUAGUCAGUUAGUUGAUCAAUGAUAAAGCCAAAUUUAGUUGGGGAAAUGGCAGUGACAUAUUCAUAUACAUAUAUAUAUUCAAAUUGAUUUAGGAGUUUUGUUAUGAUUUACUCAAAUGUCUGGCAGUUUUGUAUUCCAUUGUGUAAAUAGAUAAACGAUGACAAAAGAAA